GCUGUUGCCACCGCUAUGACAUUCAAGGGGAGCCGGGCCUGGGACCGUUUUUACAGCACCCGCUGCUGCGGUUGCUGCCAUGUCUGUACCGGGACCAUCAUCCUGGGGACAUGGUACAUGGUGGUGAACUUGUUGAUGGGCAUCUUGCUGACUGUGGAAGUGACCCACCCUAAUUCAGUGCCGACUGUUGACAUACAGUAUGAAGUCAUUGGUAAUUACUAUGGUUCUGAGAGAAUGGCUGAAAACGCUUGUGUUCUCUUUGCCAUCUCACUCCUCCUGUUCACGAUAAGUGCAAUGAUGGUGUAUGGAGCAAUUGCUCACCGAGUGAGCUGGCUCAUUCCACUCUUCUGUUACCAGCUCUUUGUCCUCAGUUGCCUGAUUGCCAUCCGUUCUCUUACUUACAUGCCAAGAAUCAAAGAGUAUCUGGAUGAGUUACCAGAUUUCCCUUACAAAGAUGACCUCCUCGCACUUGACUCAAGCUGUAUUUUGUUCGUUGUCCUGGUGUUUUUUGCCUUAUUUAUCAUCUUAAAGGCCUAUCUAAUUAACUGUGUAUGGAACUGCUAUAAAUACAUCAGCAACAGAAACUUACCUGAGAUAGCCAUGUACCCUGCAUUUGAAGCUCCUCCACAGUAUGUCCUGCCAACUUAUGAAAUGGCAGUGAAGAUGCCUGAGAAGGAACCCCCACCUCCUUACAUACCUGCCUGAAGCAACUGUGCUUAUGUUAGUUAACAUCU